CCGUUGAAUUCCGUUGGAAGCCUUGCUCUUUAUCUUCCCCUCUCUCCCUUUCCUUUCAAAGUGUCGCGCUCCCCCCGCCCUCUCCAUUCAAAAUAAUAACGGCUAGCGAGGGCGCGCGUGCACACAGGUGCUCGCUCGCUCGCUCCUGACGCCCCUCCCUCUUCCCUUUCUCAGCAAUCUCUAUAGACUGAGGCGAAGUGGAGGUCGCUUUUACGUACCCUUUAUCAGCUGAAUUAUAAGGGUGACGGAGGAUUUGGUCCAAUAAAGGAAAUGAUUGAAGAAGUGGUAGAAAAUAAGAUGUUAUGAAUGAAGGACGACAUUCUCUGAAGCCUGUGAAACAUUUAGUGAAGGAAUGAAAUAGGAAAAUGGAACAGGAGAAAUCAUACAAAUUUAAAUUAUUUCUACCACCAAAACUGAAUAAUGCCCAGGUAUCGGCUGUCAAACCACAAACACACACACGAGAUGGGGAAUUUUAUCAGAAUUUUAACAAGGGAAUUGAAGAUGAUUACAGCUUGCCAUUUGGGAUGAAUACUUCAAAAUAUAUAGAUCUCACAAAACCAGUUUCACAGAACAUGAAACUUGUACCUGAGAUUGAUCAGGAGAACAUGGAUACAGUGACUGAACUUUAUUCAAGACUUUACAAGGAAGCUGAAAAGAUCAAGAGAUGGAAAGUCACUGUAGAAUAUGAAGUCAAGGAAAAGGAAAGAAAAUUACAAGAAAAUAGAAAGAUUAUAGAAGCCCUACGCAAAGCCAUCCAAGAGUUACAGUUUGAAAAUGAAAGGCUAAGCCUAAAACUAGAAGAUGAAAUACAUGAACAUAGAGAUCUUCUAAAAGAAAGCAACACAACAAGACAUUUCUGUGACUUGCUGAAAGAAAGGUUUAUGCAGUCAGUGGAGAAAUCCAACAAAUAUGAACAAGAGCGAGAAGAAACCAGACAAAUGUAUGUGGAUCUUAACAAUAACAUUGAGAGAAUGAUACAGGCCUUUGAGGAACUUCGUGCACAAGCAGAGAACUCCAGAUUGGAAAUGUAUUUCAAAUUAAAAGAAGAAGCAGAAAAUAUGGCACAGCUUGAAAAAGAACACAGAAGAGAGAUGAUUGCCAUGGAAAAACAGGUAUCGCUAUUGACAAUGCAAAGUGGAGAAAAAGAUGAUAAAAUGAAGCACAUAAACAUUAAUUUACAGGAAUCAAGAGAGCAAAUUGCUGAAUUAGAAGAAGUAAGAAAACAACAAGAUGAGAUGUUGAAAGAAGCACAAAUAAAUAAACAGUCUUUGUUGACAGAACUGGAAGAAACUAAAAAUUCUUUGCAAAAGGCAGAGGAUGCUUUCAGGACUUUAGAAACUGAGUUGCAAACUGCAGUGAAAACGUUAAUUCAAGUCACUGAACAAAAGGAAGUUACAAUAGAAGAGCUCAAACAAACUAAAAUUCUUCACGCAUCAGAUAUUGAUGAACUACAAAGCAAAGUUUUGAACUUAAAUGAAUUGCUAGAGAAAGAACAAAAGAGACAGAAGGAAUUGAAGGAUGGAUCAGAUAUAUUGGUUUUGGAGCUUCAAAAGAAAGCAAAUGAACUAGAAGUGGUGGUCAACCUGAAAAAUAUUAAAGAAAAACAAGUUGAAGAAAUGGCAACAGCACUAGAAAGUUCAAAUGAAGUUCAAAAAGAUUUGAAGCAUGAAUUAGAAAGUACACAGUCCAAACUUAAUCUUUUAAUGAAGGAAAUGGAAAGCAGAAAUUCUCGUGACUCUACAGUGCAGGUGCAACUCCAAAUGCUUUUAGAUGAAAAACACAUUUUUGAGAGCACCAUUGAGAAAUUACAAAAAAGAGAAAAGGAACUAAAGGACAUUGUUCAGGUCAGAGAGAGAGAAGUACAUGAUUUGGAAGUGCAGUUAUCUGGUGCACUGGAAAAUAAUGAAAAUUGCUUACAGCAGCUUACAUCAAUGAAAGCAGAGCUUGAAAAAGAAAGAUCAAAGAAUCGGGAACUAGAUAUGAAUACAAACAAACUCUUGUUGAACAGUGAAAACAUCACAUCAGAAAAAAACAAUCUACUUAAUGAAUUUAAAAAGCUUCGAGAAGAUCUCAAGAAUCAGAAAAAGAUGGAAGAAAAAGCUGAAAAGCAAAUAGAAAACCUGAAAAAAAUGAAUGCUAACUUAAGCAGUGAAUUGGAAUGUGUAAAAGAGGAGAUGAAGCAGAAGAAUGAAGAAGCAAAAUAUAAACUUCAUGAAACUGGAGAAAAUAUUAGAACAAUUGAAAAUGAACUUUCAAAGAAAGAAAAGCAGUUGAAAACAUCAGAUAGUAAGAUUAAUAGUUUAAAGAAGCAAAUUGAAACCAAAGUGAAGAUUGUUGAAGAACUUCAUCAAGAAAUUAAGGUUUUGCGAAAGAAAAUUGGUACAGAAAGCAAGCAAACCAGUAUUACUGAAGAAAAGGUGAAAAAAUUGCAGCUGGAACUUGAAAAUAUAAAUAAAUUGCACAAAGAAACAAUUUUCAGCUACAAAAAUGAAAUUGAGAUGGCAAGGGCAACUGAAGAAAAGCUUCUCAAAGAGCUAGAAGCAAUGAAAUUGGUAGCUGAUGAAGCAGUGACAAUGCAGAAAGAAAUAGACAUUCGAUGUCAGCAUAAAAUUGCUGAAAUGGUAGCACUUAUGGAAAAGCAUAAGCACCAAUAUGAUAAAACAGUUGAAGAAAAGGAUACAGAAUUAGAAUACUUUAAGACGAAAGAAAAAGAGCUAUCAUCUGCAAUAGAAUUAUUGCAAACAGAGCUUUCUUGCAAAAAAAAUGAACUUUCUUCACUUCAAGAUCAGCUUAAAAUUGAAAUAGAAGAGAAGAAGGCACAAACAUCCACUCUGGAGACACCUAAACACAGCUUGAAUUCUCAGCCACUUCAUGCACCUCAGAAUUCUAUAUCUACUAAUGUGAAUAAAUUGGAAUAUACACAGAAGCCUUCAUGGACUCCGGCCAAGAUUUACACUGUGAAGACACCUCCAAAAUCUAAAUUGCAAAGAGAAAACACCAAUCAAUGCCCAGAAAACAGAAGAAAGAAAAAGAGAAGAGUUCUGUUAGAAAUGGAUACACGAUCAGAUAGCUCUGAGAAUGACAUUCUGAGUCUUGUGUCAAAAGAAGAUAAGUUUAAACAACUGUAUAAAGAUUAUCCAUCUGAAUCUCAUGUCAGGACACCAAAUACUAUGACACCAGAAAAGGUUCAAACUCCAUCUAGCCUCAAAACCCCUGGAUCCUUAGUGAAGCUUGCUGCUAUAAAAAAGAUGCGAGAGUCUGGAUGGUCUGCAAUCUCCAAAAUGGACAGAAAAAACAAAAUGAAAGAAGCUGAAAAGCUUUUUUCAUAAACUAAAAAUGUACUCAUGUAACUAAUACGUUUUCUUAUUAUUUUAUUUAAAUUCAACAUCACCUUUGUUAUAUGUUAUUACAAUAAUUUAUUUCACAUUAUCACAUUCUAAUUAACUUGAAAAGACUUAAAGUAUUGAAUCCUUAAGUAAUUCAGAUGUAAAAAAGAUUUUAUGGCCUGAUCCAUCCGCUGCAGGUACAGCUGUAUAUGUGGUGGGGAAAGGUCAGGUUCAAUAAAGCCCUCUUUCCUCCCACUUCCUUCCUGCCUGUUUUAGCACAGUAGUCUCUUCUGCACUAGGCCCUGGAAAGAAAAAAAAAUGCCUAUAAAGGUUUACAUAGGACUAUAGUUGAAACAGUGUGUAGCCCGCUGGGCACCAGCAUUGGAGGAAUAAGGAAACAGGAUUCCAGUGAAAUCUAUGUCAGUUUUCUCACCACAUGAUCAGUUGCAACAUAUAUUAAUAAAACAGGUAAAACCUGACAAGGUUUUUUAGAGUUAGCAAAAAUACAAUUUUAUUAAAGUUUUAUGUUACUUAUUUAAGCACAAUAGACUGAGACCAGAAAUAUUCAUCAUUAGAGUCAUUGAAUCAUUUUUAUUCAGACUUUAUUAUUACAAUAACAUACCAAUAAUUAUUACAGCAAAGUAAAAUAUUCACAAUAGCAAGGAGAUCUAACUUAGCUGAUAAAAAUCAUUAAAUUGGCCCUGUGUGUUUGUGGGUCUACUCUGUGUAUGAAUAAAUCUGGAUCCAGUAAAAUAUUGUGCAUGAAGCAGUCAAGUUGCAAAGAAUUGUUAACUAUUCCUGUAUAACUUGUAAAUGGUUCUUUGUUUUAAUAAACGUCUUUGUGAGUUCUAA